AUGAUGAUCGUCAAGGAUAGUACAGAGAGAGCAGUUUGGACAGAUUUUGAUCGAGCCCAGACAUACAACAAAGAUCAAAUCACUGCGGAAGAAGAUCUUAUCAAGGAGGAAGCGAUUGUCAUGGAAUUCAAUGCCAUAGUGAGUGCGCCGACGAUGACAUAUGGUGAAGCUUUCACUAAUCGCUGUUGA